AUGGAAGGGCUUGAGAUAGAGCUGAGAUCAACAGCAGAGAGACUCAAGACAACCAAGCAGGAAGCAUUGACCAUGGACAUCAGAUUGUUGGCUUUGCUGGUUUCUCUGGUUGUAGUGGGUGGACGUCCCCACAGGAGACUGUGCCCCUUGUUCCAGCACUCAUCCAUGUCUACCUCCGAAGUGAAGUCUCUCAGGCAUCUGCGAAAUGAUCAGCAAAAGAAAAUAUCCGGUGAUGGAGUGAAAUGUUACACCACCAUGACUAGACACAAGACGUCUAUAUGUGACCUCACGCCAAGUGACCGCCUGAUCCUGACCCUGGAACGAGUGUCACUGACGCUGGACGUCCUGACUAAUAUGUCUACCUCUGACACUGUAACAAAUUCCAUGAAGGCUUUCCUUAAAUUGAGGGACCAGCUGACAAUCUGUAGAGAGUUGCCUAAAUACAGUGACCCUGCCUCUGAGCAGCUGGAGCCGUGGCUGAGUCAUCUCCAAGAUUUUAAAGAAAAGGCCUCCCCUCAAUGUGUCCAGGACGCUGUUGUGCUCAACCUCAUCUCAUUAAGGAUGCAAAAUGUGAUGUGUCCAAGUAAUCCCUAG